AGAUUUGAUGAAACCUAUUCAUUUUUUCAUAGUCACAGUAUUGGGAGUGGGAUUUGUUUGACUCCCUCUAAAUGGUAUUUGGAAGCCUGAUCUAGCAUAGUGUCCACCAAAAAGAAUUUAUACCAAUAAAAAUAGCGGGAAUACACUAAUUGUGCUGGACACUUCUAAGCAUUUGGCACAGCAUCCAUUAUUAAAAUGCUGUUCAAUAACUUGCCCCCAGUAGUACAGUUAUGAUCGGGCCCCAUAUUCAAACAGGUGCUAUGUCUGAUCUGAGUUUUCAUCAGGGCAGGAUCUAGUUAAGUCGGCUUUGGCCUCCGGCUGGGACAGUGCCGGCUGAGGGUGUUGCACGUGUGCAUCCUAACAGGAAAGCAAAACCGGACUCUUACAUACACACCCACCCAGCCACCCACCCACACCCAGCAAAGGAGUCAUUACGUCUAUCAGUCUCAUGCUUUGGGCUUCCGCUCCUGGCUCCACCCCCAUCCGUUUCCAGUAGAAGAAGUUUGUCCCCCGCGCCGAGCCGUUGCUCCGCCCUCGCCGCUGCCAUGGCGGCAGCUCCGCCGGUCUCCAAGGCUGAGUAUCUGAAGCGUUACUUGUCUGGGGCAGAUGCCGGCCUGGAAGGAGGUUCAGAGUCCGUUCGGAAGAGGCGCAAAAAACGACCGAAGCCGGGAGGCGCCGCUGGCAAGGGAAUGCGGAUUGUUGAUGACGAUGUGGGCUGGGCAGCUAUCUCUACCACUAAGCCGGAAAAGGAGGAGGAAGAGGAUGGAGAUUUGCCUGUGGUGGCUGAGUUUGUGGAUGAGCGUCCAGAAGAGGUGAAGCAGAUGGAGGCCUUCCGCUCCAGUGCCAAAUGGAAACUCCUGGGAGACCACAGUGAAGAUGGGCAUUUCCGUCAUGAUGAGCAAGAUCCAUCUUCUCCUAGGAGGGUUCGUCAUGACACCCCGGAUCCAUCUUCUAGGAGAUCCCGUCAUGACACCCCAGAUCCUUCUCCUCCCAGGAAGACCCAUCAUGAUACACCAGAUCCGUCUCCUCCUAGGAGGGCCCGUCAUGACACCCCAGAUCCCUCUCCCCCAAGGAGAUCCCGUCAUGACACCCCAGAUCCCUCUCCCCCAAGGAGAUCCCGUCAUGACACCCCAGAUCCCUCUCCCCCAAGGAGAUCCCGUCAUGAUACCCCAGAUCCCUCUCCCCCAAGGAGAUCCCGUCAUGAUGCAGACACAUCUCCUCCUAGAAGGGUCCGCCAUGACUCAGACGCUUCUCCCCCCAGGAAGUCUCAUCGUAAUUCUUCAGGUGUAUCUCCUAGGAGAGGCCAUCCUGGUUCCUCGGGUGUCUCUCCCCCCAGAAGGGCCCAUAACCACUCCCCUGACACAGCCACACAUAGGAGGACUUUUGACACUUCAGACCCACAGCCUCUCAGGAGGGCUCGUCAUGACUCCCCUGAUUUGGAACUGUCCAGAACCAAAAGUAGUAAAGCUGCGGAAAGAUCCUCUAGCAAGACUGUACACCAGAGGGGGCUGGGACCCUCUCACUCAUCACUCUCCAAGAACAGCAAGUACGGGCAGGACUCUGACCUUUCUCCACGGAAACGGCAAGCAAAGGCUCAUGUUGGCGCAAAGAAGCAGCUUGAUCCUAAAGGUGAGCAUAUGGCUGUUUGUUCUCUUGCACAGACUGUACACGUGUAUUCUUGUUCUCUUGCACAGACUGCACACAUGUAUUCCUCUUCUCUUGCACAGACUGCACACAUGUAUUUCUGUUCUCUUGCACAGACUGCACGUAUGUAUUCUGGAGCAAAAACUGGGUUGGUGACUGAUGUUCAGCGGGAGCAGCAGGAUCUCAAGAAACAGGACCAAGACACCACAGCCCUUGGAGCUCAGUUUGAAUUCGCUGAAACGGUGUUUCGAGACAAGUCUGGUCGUAAGAGGAAUUUGAAGCUGGAACGCCUGGAGCAGAGGAGAAAAGCAGAGAAGGACUCAGAGCGAGAUGAGCUUUAUGCCCAGUGGGGCAAAGGGCUUGCCCAGAGCCGGCAGCAGCAGCAGAAUGUAGAGGAUGCAAUGAAGGAGAUGCAGAAGCCUUUGGCCCGCUAUAUAGAUGAUGAAGAUCUGGAUCGGAUGCUGAGAGAACAAGAGAGAGAGGGGGACCCGAUGGCCAACUUCAUUAAGAAGAAUAAGGCUAAGGAGAAUAAGCACAAGAAAGUGAGGCCUCGCUAUAAUGGCCCUGCACCUCCUCCCAAUAGAUUCAAUAUCUGGCCUGGAUACCGCUGGGAUGGAGUGGACAGAUCCAACGGCUUCGAACAGAAACGCUUUGCCAGGCUUGCCAGCAAGAAGGCUGUGGAGGAGCUUGCCUACAAGUGGAGUGUGGAGGACAUGUAGCUUCUCCGAGGCUGUGCGGUGCUGUGGUGGUGGUGGUGGCACAGGACAGCCCGACAUCCAGCUUGUCUUGCUAGACACAGACCAGCAACUCGCGGUCAGUUCUGACCUUUGGACUAGGCACCUACCCUUGGCUGUGUCCCUGCUGUCUGACUGGCUUUGGCAGGACACAGUGACUUCUCUAUCCCAGGGCUUGUUCUUAGCCAGUGUUUUUCUUCUUAUUUUUAAAAAUAAACACAUAUUUAUU